GUAAAUAAUAGUACUUAAAUAUAGUGGCUGGUGUUGUUCAAGCUUUAGUUGAUGGUAGCAUUUCUCAGGCUGUGCCCUUCCCGUGAUUUGACUUUGAAUACGCUGUGAGACCCUGGAGAGAAGGAGGGACGUGGUACGUGUACCACCAUCACAGCCUCACUCACAGGCUCAGACUGAAUCACUCACUCACACCGCGCCGAACUCUUUCUUUGUUCUUGACCUUAAUCACUCUUUGUCACAGCCAAAAAGACAACGCCAAAACAAUUGCUGCACUUGAUAACUCAUAGACAUAUAGAACUUCCUCUCUGUCUUGCAUUUUAAACACUCUCUCUUCGCUCCUAAACUCAACCUUCUCAUCCCUCGUCUUAAUUCAUGAAAUAAUCAACCACUAUGUCCAACUCGGAUCCUUGCCCCUUCUGCGGCUUCAAGCCGGGCCAAGGCGAAUAUGAACUCAUUCUACACAUAGAGCAGCAACACCCAGACGCUGACGGCUCACCACUCACCACCUCCGGAGAUCCCAUUUCAUGUCCAGAAGGUUGCGGUGAGAUCCUUCAGCUGGACGAGCUAGCUUAUCAUCUUGAGCUUCACGAGCUCGAGGCGCAGGACGCCACCCCCGAGCCAGAGCCGGAACAGACUCCCACUGUGGCUCGGAAGCCGGAGCCGUCGACUAGAGAGAGAGAGCGGAAGCACAAGAAAGUCAGCGCUAUCCAGGCGUGGAAGGACCUCUUUUCUGGGCGUAGCUCUCAUGGGAAGGAGAGUAGCAGUAGCAGUAACAGUAGCAGGACACGGCACAAGACCAAGAGAGAGGAUGCUGGUAUCAUCAAGACUACCAGCAGAGGCUCUUCAAGUCGCGAUAAGAAUGGCGAACGAGCUAAAUCCAACGUUCGUCUGGGGAAAUCUGAUCUUGGCAGGUUUGCGCAUGAGAGAAAGAUGCCCCCUUGGCUUGUAGACCUUCUGAAAGAUGAAGGCCAGGUUGUCAACGAUGGUGUUCUGCCUGUUCUAAGUCAGCUUUUGGAACAAAGUCCUUCAACACAGUAUGCCUACCUGUGUCACCCUGCGGUACAACAUGUUUCCAAAUUGAGACGAGAAGGCGGUUUCUGCGGUUAUCGAAAUAUCCAGAUGCUCACUUCAAACAUCAUCUCAGCCCAGAGAGAAGGCUCGAAUCACUUUGGACGCACAUUUCCCUCCAUCUUCCAGAUCCAAGAUCUCAUUGAGAAUGCCUGGGACAUGGGUAUCAAUGCCCAGGGAAGGGCGGAAACCGGGGGCGUAAAGGGGACGAGAAAAUACAUUGGCACACCAGAGGCACAGGCUGUGUUUCUCAGCUUGGAGAUUCCUUGCUCCGUUCAAGCAUUUAAGGAUCAGGAACGCGGCAAGUCGAAACAACGUCUCUUUGAAGCUAUCGAAGGAUAUUUUCAUGGAGGUAUCACAAGCGUCGAAGAUCGAAUUCAUCAUACGGAACUGCCACCAAUCUACCUACAACACCCAGGACACUCUUUGACAAUCGUCGGCUUCGAGAGGCAAAUGGACGGGCAGGCGAAUCUAUUGGUAUUCGACCCUAGUUUUCGUGAUUCUACAAAGAUCCGAAACCUCAUCGGCAGAACAGUUCGUCAGAAGCCCUCUUCAAUCGAUAGUUUCUUGCAGCCAUAUCGUCGUGGCUCUCACUACUUUCGCAAGUACAACCAAUAUGAGGUGCUCUAG